GGCGGGGCGGCCUGGCGGGGACGCGCCCUUUGCGUGGCGGCGGCGGCUUCCCAGUUCUCGGGGCGCCAGAGAGAGCGGGGCACGUCACGACGACGACAUCCGGCCGAGACCGGAAGCGGGGCGGUACCGCGAUACGUGAGGCCGGACGUAGGCGGCCGGGCCGCGCGCCAACACUCGCCGCGGCUCGGCGCGUGCGCGCUGCCGCUCCCGGGGGCGUGGCGUCGCGCGGGUGACGUCAGGCGGCGCCGGCGCUGAUUGGCGCGUUUCAAUAGUCGCGGGACACUUGAACCGCGGACGCGGGCGGCGCGGCAGCUGCGAGCGGUCCGGCGGCGGCUCAGCGAGGCGGCCGCGAUGCUGGGCGGCGAGGCAGGCGCGGCGCUGGGGCCGCUGGAGGACCAGGAGAACGUGGAGCCCGCGCGGCCUGGCCCGCAGCUCCGCACCCGCGCCGCACUGGCAGGGCUCAAGGCGGGCUCCCCACGCGGCCUGGCCCCGCAGCAGCGACUCCGGGCGCAGCGGGCCGCGCCGCUGCGGGACCUGUCCGUCAACGAGGAGCGCGUCGCGGGCGCGCCCUGGAAGGCCGGCGGCAAGCAGCCCCCGUUCGCCAUCCAUGUGGACGAGGCCGAGGAGCCGCGGAAGAAGCCGGGCGACGCGAAGGGCGGCGGGCGCGAGGAUGGCCUGGCCUUCAGCUCGGCCGCUGCCUUGCCGGGACCGAGGCGGCCUCUGGAGCCGCUGGACUGCCCGAUGGACGACAGCCUCGAAUCACCACAUACUAUGGACAUGUCAAUUGUUUUGGAAGAUGAAAAGCCAGUGAAUAUUCAUGAAGUACCAGACUACCAUGAGGACAUUCACACAUACAUUAGGGAAAUGGAGGUUAAAUGUAAGCCUAAAGUGGGUUACAUGAAGAAACAGCCAGACAUCACUAACAGCAUGAGAGCUAUCCUUGUGGACUGGUUGGUUGAAGUUGGAGAAGAAUAUAAACUGCAGAAUGAGACCCUGCAUUUGGCAGUGAACUACAUUGAUAGAUUCCUCUCAUCUAUGUCUGUGUUGAGAGGAAAACUUCAGCUUGUGGGCACUGCUGCUAUGCUGUUAGCCUCGAAGUUUGAAGAAAUAUACCCACCAGAAGUAGCAGAGUUUGUAUACAUUACAGAUGACACCUAUACAAAGAAACAAGUCCUAAGAAUGGAGCAUUUAGUUUUGAAAGUUCUUGCUUUUGACUUAGCUGCACCAACAGUGAAUCAGUUUCUUACCCAGUAUUUUUUGCACCAGAAGCCUUCAAACUGCAAAGUUGAAAGCUUAGCAAUGUUUUUAGGAGAGUUAAGUUUGAUAGAUGCUGACCCGUACCUAAAGUAUUUGCCAUCUGUUAUUGCUGGAGCAGCCUUUCAUUUAGCACUCUACACAGUCACAGGACAAAGCUGGCCCAAUUCACUGGUACAGAAGACUGGAUAUACCCUGGAAAGUCUCAAGCCUUGUCUCCUGGACCUUCACCAGACCUACCUCAGAGCACCACAGCAUGCACAACAGUCAAUAAGAGAGAAGUACAAGCAUUCAAAGUACCAUGGUGUUUCUCUCCUCAACCCACCAGAAACAUUAAGCAUCUAACAGUGAGACUGCCUUUAUUUUCUAAGAUGUAUAUCAAAGUAUAUAUGUACAGUUUUUAACCUUAGGUUUUAACUUUAUAAUCACUUCUGAAUACAGCAGUUAUGGCUGGCCAAAUACAAAUUAUGUUAUCUAUUACUUUUUAUAUGGUUUUAAUUUGUAUAUCUUUUGUACAUGUAACUGUCUUAGAGAUUUGACUAAUUUUAAGUAGUUAUGUGUUAAUGAUUCUAGCUGUCAGGAUGAGAAUUAAUAAAAUUGAUUUGCAACACUUAGUUGGUAAAUCAAAUUGAAUUAGAAGUUAAAAAUCUGGCUUAGAGUUUUACUGAGAAGAAAGUCUGUUCACUUUAGGAAAAGCUUAAGACUUAGUUUUAGGAAAACAGACUUCCUAGUAGUUGAAUGAAAGACCAGAUUCAACCUUCUAAGCAACUAGGUUGAUUUACUGACAUAAAAUUCCUGUUAGACUGUUUGAAUAAAGAUGGGCCAAACAAUCCUCAGCACAACUGUUUGGACUGCCGGCACCAUGAUUGUGGAACUAGUGCAGCGAUGAUGAAGAAUGAGGGCAUGGCCCGGCCCUGGUCUUGUGCAGUGUCCUCCCCCACCCCCACAUGGAGUUCCAGGCCCAUGAAGCUUAGGUGCUGCAGUGUACUGCUUCACAAUGAAGUGGAAACAUGAGGUGGUUCUAUUUAAUAAAUAUCCUUUUAAUAGUUAUACACAAAUAUACAGCUAUAACUUUAGUUAGCAGUUCUUUUUUCUUUUUUUCACUGUCUUCCUACUUGGUGCUUUUUCUUCUUUUGCACUGAUGAUUUGUGUUCUGUGAAUAAAGGAAAUGUGAGAGGCAUCCAGUUUUAUAGAAUCAUGCCCAGAAUUUUGUAUAUAUACUUGGAAUAAAUCAGAUUUGUUACCUUA